AUGUCCUUGACCAUCCGCAAGUUCCACUUCCUCGAAUCUCCCCGCUACAUCAUGGCGGACUUUCAUCAUGCAACCUACCCUCGCGAUCGUUCCCACUCCCAGUCACCCCCUUUCCUGCUACGCCCUGUCUCAGUCGUCUCCAACGACUCCGAUGACUCUGACGACUCCCUCGCCUCCAUCAACCACAUUGACGGCAUCACAGUCGACGACCCGCACUUCGAAAUCGGCGUCGCCCGUCUCCCUAGUCGUCUCGAGGAUCCCCACACACCUAAUGCUGGGCAAAUAUUUGCUCAGUUCAACACCACCCCCCGCGUCCUCAUUCCCGUUUACCCUUCCCCUAUCUAUGACUUGACUCAUUACUUGAACCCGAAUCUCGUCGGUGUGCUUUAUCACAUCACCUUCACCGACGACGAGGCUCCAAUCAUGCUGGACCAAUCUGGGUUGGACGAUCCUGCAAAUUUCUUCUUCUAUUUGCAGCAGAUUGUGAUGACACGAGCGUAUCAGGUGCAUCAGGGACCACUGAGCCGACACCAGAUGACUCUUCUCUCGAAUCUCGCCCUCACCAGUUACAGGAACAAGGGGCUCUUUAACCUCCCAGCCCUUCGCAGUGACAUGAUCAGCUACCGCCCUACCGGAUAUACGUCUCUCGCAAUGAAUCUCCUCCUCCGACAUUCUCCAGCCGAAUGGCUCGACACUCUGGCACGAAUUCCUUUCCGACGAAACACCAUACGUUGGUUCCGCAUCACGGGAUUCGGAAGAGAACGCCUAGUCAUCGAAGAAUACAUGCCGGGAGGAACACUACCAGAACGACUAUUUCCCACAAAUAGUCGCGGGGAGCAACACGUCGCCGCGUACUGGUCCGAAGGAUCUAAUCCAGCAGACAAUGAAAGACCCUGGUACAUGGCAAGAUCGGACGUCACGGUCGAGGAUGGGUAUCAUUUACCUCGACCCGAGGAACUCCUCUGCGAGUCAAACACUCCGAGACCCUCCGGAGAUGUUGGACACCCCCCCGUCACACCCCUCAUCCUCUCUCUUCCUGAAAUCCAAGAGUCAUCGCUGACAACUAGUCUCCCCCGCACACCCUCCUCGCCACUUCGUUUUCUCCAAGCGGACAACACGAGGUCUUUUCGACAUGCGGUCUCGGCCGAAAGAACCACAGUCGUUGCAAGGCUGGAAGAAGACGACCCCAUGCCUCCCGCGAGCCCUCCUCCCGACUCCGACCAGAACAUCCGGAAUCGCGAGGCUCGUCGACCACUUCCGACGCCGCCCUCGGCACCCCCUGAUGCAUCCUCAUCCGCGACCCUUGUCGGAGAAGGCCCCGCCCCUGCUGAACCUAUCGACACGUCCUCCUCUCAACCUGGGACGAUUCCAGUCGUAUCGGAAGAUUGGCACGAGGGAGCACGGGCAUCGGCACACGUCUGGCCCGAAACUCCAGCCUUCACCCCAUCUCCUCUUGGGUCACCUCCUGCACCAGAAGAACGUUACUGCUGGGAAUGCGGACGUCAAGGACACUUCCUCGCAGCCUGUCCAAUCACACGCAUUCGGAUGCGGACAGACGUCACCGCGCGUCAAUUUCUGCGCGAUUACGACGCACAUCGUGGAGCCACUAAUCGACUUCGUCUGCAAAUGGAUAAAGUGGCUGAGGAGUACGGCUAUCACAAACAGGCUUUGGAACACAUGAUCACCACGUCCAUGUGGACCGGAUACCCUGUUCGCUCCAUCCCCACUUACGAUGUCGACCAUCCACGCGAACCGCCGCCAGUAGUCGGGGCACACUCCAAACGCCGAAGACUUGUGUAA